GGAGCCAGAGUCAUUCGGAAUAAAGUUUCGGGCAAAGAAUUCUGACCAACCACAGUUGAGGACCUGGCUGGAAAGCGAGGAGAGAGCAGUGGAAGAAGGAAGAUAUAAAUGCCGAUUCUGGUCUCAGGCUUAGUCACAGGGAUGAGCAAUGUCCUUAGUGUGCUUCCCCCACUUUCUUCCUCUCUCCCUUUUCCUCGGUGGAUGGAGUUUGCACAGAUCCAGUGAAGUGCUUAGGACAGUAACUGGCAAAAUGUCAAUCUGGCACAGAGAAGUCCCAAUAAAAGUUGGGUGCUUACUGGUAUCAUUAUUGCUCCGUAGGGUGUUGUGCAUACCGCCUGGCGCAAUCCCUCUCAGAGUCAUCGUUUCAAAGUUGAAUGAAGGAGGCUGCAGCAGCAGUGCCCUAGAAUGAGACUCUGUGGGCUAGCUUGGUCACGGAGACCUUGUGGUCGGCAGAGCUCAAGGCCAAACGCUGGUUCUUCGGGGGCGCCCCGCGCGCCAGUGCAGAGGAGCUGGCCGGUGGAAGCGGAGCCUCGCCUUUCUCACCCCUCUGGCUGGCUCCACGGCAGAGGCGUCAGGGCUUUUGAUCUGGCGCUUUAUGCCUUGUGGAUGCGGCUUGCUGGGGACCGUUACAGAGGCGGCCGGUUACACGUCGCGCUCCCGGUGGUCCCAGGGGAACGGGCGGCAGCGCCGAAGGGCCGCCUCGACGUCGCGUCCAGGGCCGCGCGGGCCCGCCGCCGCCGCCCGCCUCCUCCCUGCCCCCUUCCCGGGGGUCGCGGCCGGGGCGGCGCCGGGCCCGCGGCGCUGGGCCCGCCCCGCCGCAUCCCGGGCUCGACUUCCUCCUGCCGCGGGCGGGCGGCCGGCCCAGCCGGAGGAAGCGGCGGCGCGGCCACGAUGAGCUCGGGCGACGCCGUGUGCACCGGCUGGCUCGUCAAGUCGCCCCCCGAGAGGAAGCUGCAGCGCUACGCCUGGCGCAAGCGCUGGUUUGUCCUCCGCCGAGGCCGCAUGAGUGGCAACCCUGAUGUUUUGGAGUACUACCGGAACAAGCACUCCAGCAAGCCCAUUCGAGUGAUAGACCUCAGCGAGUGUGCUGUGUGGAAGCAUGCGGGCCCUGGAUUUGUUCGGAAAGAGUUCCAGAACAAUUUCGUGUUCAUUGUCAAGACUACUUCUCGUACAUUCUACCUGGUGGCCAAGACUGAGGAAGAAAUGCAGGUGUGGGUGCACAGCAUCAGUCAGGUCUGCAACUUGGGCCACCUAGAAGAUGGUGCAGCAGAUUCCACAGAGAGCCUCUCUCGUACACCCUCCUCCCUGCAGCAAUCCCCUGCCAGCUCCCUUCAUACCACCCGUGUUGCCAGCUCCUCCUCACCAAGAGAUGACCCAGACACUAAUGCCACAGUCGCUGAGGAAACCAGGAGUGAAUCAGAGUUUCUCUUCCUUCCUGAUUACCUGGUUCUGUCCAAUUGCAAGAGUGGAAGACUGCAGCACACCAGAUGUGAUAGCUGGUCAAACUCAGACCGCUCAUUGGAACAGAAUUCAUUUGAUGAUGUUUUCCUGGAUGGCCUGCAGCCACUGCCCUCUGGCAGCUUUGUGAACCCCUCACGCCCUGGAAAUGGGUUUCAGGAGAUGCCUUCCACAAGACCCCAGACUGCUUUGAUCUGGAAUAGAGAAAUCAAUGGACCAUCCAGGGACCACUUGUCUUCUUCAUCAUUGCUGGAAACGUCUGUAAAUUCUACCAUACAAGCAGAUAAAAACCAGGUUUCUCUGCCCCGUGGGGCAAAAGAACUAGCCAGCAUGUGCAACACUCCACCGCCCCGCCCUCCCAAGCCAAGCCAUCUCUCUGAACGGCACCUGGAGGAGCAGCUCUCCUGGGGUGGGCACAACAGCAGCAAGAAGCCAGAAUGCACCCUGGUACCCAGGAGAAUCUCUCUGUCUGGUUUAGACCACAUUAGGGCCUGGAAAGCUGAUGUAGAAAAUCGAUCCUUAAGAUACCGAGACAAGCGGCUUAGUUUAAAUUUGCCUUGUAGGUGCUCCCCAAUGUACCCCACAGCUAUAGCCAGCGCUGAAGACAGCUACAUACCCAUGAGCCCCCAGGCCAUGGCCUCUAGUCUUGGCCCCCUCUGCAGCCAAGAUGACUACAUCCCGAUGAACUCAGGAAACAUCUCAAGCCCACUGCCUGAGCUACCUGCAGACUUGGAACCUCCCCCAGUGAAUAGAGAUCUCAAGCCUCAAAGGAAACCACGGCCCCCACCGCUGGACCUGAGAAACCUCUCCAUCAUCCAGGAGCACACAUCUCUGACCAGGACCUGCACUGUGCCUUGCAAUCGAACCAGUUUUCUCGCUCCAGAAAGAAAUGGUAUUAACUCUGCAAGAUUUUUUGCCAAUCCUAUUUCCAGAGAAGAGGAGGAAAGCUACAUUCAAAUGGAGGAGUAUCAAACAGCCAGCUCUCUGAACAGUGGUGUUUUUCCCUGGACAAAGAAAUUGAGCCUGGAUUAUUUGGCCCUAGACUUCAAUUCAGCAUCACCAGCCCCCAUACAGCAGAAGCUUCUUUCAGAAGAACAAAGAGUAGACUAUGUCCAAGUAGAUGAGCAGAAGACCCAGGCUCUCCAGAAUACUAAGCAGGAGUGGACAGAUGAGAGGCAAUCCAAAGUAUGAGAGUGCAGGAUGGGACAAGGCUUUCAAGCCUUCAAGUCGGAAAGGUUACCACCCCAAGAUGUUGGGAGCUAAGCUUUCCUUGGAAAGGGAGGAGCUCUUGGGUCCAGUACACAGCCCAGCUAUGAAGGCACAAAGCAAUCCUGUCGGAGUCAUUUGGGCCACUUUACCCUGGACCAUGGAUCAGCUGCAUUGCUUCAACAAAGUCUAGACUGAGGACUCCCAUCAGGCCUGCCUUUUUCCUCUUAAAGAUUUCCUCAGCCUCCAUUCAUAUAAUCUCUGGACUCAUAGUUGCACUGAGUUUUCACAUUCACUUUGCUUUCAUUGUUUCAUUUUUGGCAUUAAUAAGUUUUAAGUUCUCUCUUAUUUAAAUGAUGACAUCCAGUAUAAUGAAGGACACAUUUAGUAAGCUGAGUGUUUGAAAAUAGGCUUCAUUACUGCUUUCAAGUACAACAAAUUCCCAGGAAGGUGACACACACCUGUAAUUCCAGCACUUGGAAGGCUGAAGCAGGAGAUCGCUGCGAGUUCAAGGCCAGCGUGGGCUAUAUAGCAAGACCCUGUCUCACAAAAAAAGAAGAAAAGUACAACAAAUCUACCUGGACACAUGUGCAGUGGCCUGAGUAUUAUUUUGCUAUAUUUGAACAGUGGCUGUAACUAGUACUGCUUCUGCUCAGUCAAACUGCAUUGGGCAUCUUUCUUCAACUGUUCCAUUAUUAACUAGCUUUGAUAAUUGGCAGUAAAAUCAACUACUCUCCCUGACACUAGGAAUAACAUGGCUUUUAUCAUUAUUAACACGAAGAAGCAAUAGUCCUCUUUUUUGGGGGGUGGUGAGGUUCAUUUUUAAAAUUUUUUAUAAAUUCUAGAUAUUAGUUCUCUAUCAGAAAAGAUGGAAAAAUAUUUUCCCAUUCUGUAGGUUGUCUUUUCACUCUGUUGAUUGUGUCCUUUAUUAUGCAGAAGCUUUUUAGUUUGAUGUAGUCCUGUGGGCUGAUUCUUGGUGUCAGUGCUUGUGCCUAUGGCUUCAAGAGUUUUACCUAUCUUCCAGCAGAUUCAGUGUUUCUUAUUUUAUAUCUAGAUCUUUGAGUAAUAAAAGAGAAUGAAAUCAUGGCAUUUGCAAGAAAAUGGAUGAACUUGAGCCCAUGCAAACGGAAAUAAACCAGACAUGGAAAGUUAAAUUUUGCAUGGUUUCUUUUAUAUGAGAAACCAAAAAUGUAAGUAAACAGUAAAACAAAAGAGCGAUGGUAAAAAAAACAGGAAGGCAGACUCUUUGGACGUGGGGAAGGGAGUCAAGGGAAAGGAGAAGGGAGAGGGCUAAAGGCAUUGCAAAUGAUCAAGGUAUGAUAUAUAUGCACCAAUUCCCCAAAA